GCGCUGUGAGGGGCCGCGGCGGGCGCGGCGGCCCCAUGGCCGAGGUGGGCGGCUUCCUGGGGGCGCUGGAGCCCGAGCUGCACGGCGUGGCGCCGGCCCUGGGCGCGCUGCCGCUCGCCGACUCGCCCGGCUUCCUCACGGAGCGGCUGGGGCAGAUCGAGGGCCGCCUGCAGCGCGGCUCCCCCACCGACUUCGCUCACCUCAAGGGCAUCCUGCGGCGGCGGCAGCUCUACUGCCGCACCGGCUUCCACCUGGAGAUCUUCCCCAACGGCACGGUGCACGGCACCCGCCAGGACCACAGCCGCUUCGGGAUUCUGGAGUUCAUCAGCCUGGCCGUGGGGCUGGUGAGCAUCCGCGGGGUGGACUCCGGCCUCUACCUCGGCAUGAACGAGCGAGGCGAGCUCUACGGGUCGAAGAAGCUCACGCGGGAGUGCGUCUUCCGGGAGCAGUUUGAGGAGAACUGGUACAACACCUACGCCUCGACCCUCUACAAGCACGCCGACUCGGAGCGGCAGUACUACGUGGCCCUCAACAAGGACGGCUCGCCCCGCGAGGGCUACAGGACUAAGAGGCACCAGAAGUUCACCCACUUCCUACCCCGGCCUGUGGACCCUGCCAAAAUCCCCGCCGCCUACAGAGACCUCUUCCACUACAGGUGAUGCCCGGGCGCUGCCGUGUCCUGGGCGAGCACCGUGGCUGGACGCGCGCUGCCGUCGCCGUGCGGCGGGGCCCGGGGGAGCCCUCCCCGCGGCCGCUGCCUCUCCUCCGCUCCCUGGAGCCCAGGCACGAGGAGGAGGAAAAAAACAAAGCAAAAAAACCCAAGAGAAAGAAGACCAGAGGACGGUGCAGAUGCUGCCGACAGCUCGGGCCGGUUUCCCAGUAAGAACGUGCCGUUCUGGCCGCUGCGGAGGCGCCUUUGGGCUGGUCCCUGCUGCAGCGGCCCCGGCAUCUGCCGCGCAGACUGGGCGCGCGGGGCUCCUCCCUCCCGCUCCUGGGGCGGGAACGGGGCGAGGAACGUGACUCGGAUGUGAGCGUGGAUACUGUGCAUAGGGACAGAACUAUUUAUAAAAUGUAUAUGAUAUUUAUUUUAUAUAUUUAUUUAUUUCAAAAUAAUUUUAUUUUUAAUGAGAGAUGCUAUGACCGGAUUUUCAUCGGGAAGAAUAAGGUCCUACUGAAAUGGGAGGAAAAAAAAAAGAAAAAAAAAGUUUUAAGAGCUUAUCGGCAAUAAAAUUGUCUUUAUAUUGUA